CUGUCACUUAAAUCAAACCCAAGUCGACAGUGGACAAACGCUAAUCAUAUCCUUUAUAUUGUGCGCUGUACACAGGUGUUUGUUUCGGUUCGUUACUUUUAUCUCCAGUCCGUUGAAUGGAGACGCCCUCCCCUUGACUAGAUCUUCCUCCGGGUACUGCGAUAUAAUACUCAUCCAGGGCCUUUCUCUCUUCUUUCGUUGAGAACCGACGCACAGUCCAGGAUAGUGGAGGAGAAUUUUAAUGUUUCAUCAUCCCUGCUUACACGAUGUUGUCGUCCUUCACGCCUACUUCCGCGGAUCGUACUUGUUUCGGCCGCCGACGCGUCAUCGAUAUCUGAAUAGUGUUGAAGAUGCUACCAUCCAAGAGAAAAGGAAGAUAAGAAAGGUACCUACGAGACAAGACUCCCCGUCUCUGUGUGGGAUCAUCAUGUCCCUGUUGAGUGCCGACUCGGAGGCGCAGCACCUCAUUCUCUGUUCGUCGCAGCGUGCGAUUGAAGCAUUUUAUUUGUUUAUGACACAGACGCGUGAAAAUAACAACAGUUCGUUGUCAAUAUCUAUAGUAUCAGCUGGCAACAAGGACCUCGGCCUUGUGCCUCGCCGACAUCAAGCUUCUGACCUAAUUCAGUUCGUCCACAGAGCGCCUGAUUUGAGCUGGAUGAUGGUAAUCGUUCUAUUCAUUUCAAGCCCAUUGCACCACCGCCAGGUGGGGCUCAUCACGGUCCUUCUCACGGCCUCAGGGGGAACUUGAGUUAUUCUUGAUUGAUCCAUUUAGCAUUCAACCGGGUGCCUCAAUUCUGGGCUGGAUUUAAAGUGCAAAGUCGACUGUUUUCUUUAUCCGCUCAUCGCCAUCAUGGAUGAAAAGUACAGUCACAAAGAGAGUUUGGCCGGAGAGAAAUUGUCCA